UGAGAGUCGGAAGGUUGCUCGUAACACGAUGCUUCAUUGUUAAGUGGCUUUAAUGUGGUAGUUGUAUAAUUUGACCCAUAUAUCAUCUUGUGUACAGAAUUAAGGGAAGUGAAAAGUAACGUCUUCAAGUGCAAGGGUUUUUCUUGUGUUGUAUAUAAGUGUGCCGCGCCCGCAAUUGAAAUGCGCAUGCCUGUGCUUUGAAUACUGGCAGCGCGUAGUACAACGAAGAAUAAUAUGCAAUCAUGGGAUCACUGGCGCAAAGGAUGCUGCUGUUCACUACUAAAAACUAAGUUUGUGUUAAAUAAUGUCAAAAGUCUGUAUGGAUGAACGCAUUUUUUCGUAAUUCCAGUAUUGUCAUCCUUAACGUUCUAAUGGAACAGCUGUUUACUGCCACAAAUAAGAAAUAAUGUAAAAUUGAAAUGUGCAGUGUCUCGUCUGGCAACAUGACCGACGAAGUUCUCUAGAAACAAGGUUUAAGUGCCGACGGAAGGAAUCCUUAAUCGAGCGUGUGUUUAUUUGUGCAGAAUUUUGUUACCCUAAGUGGUGGGAGUGUACUUCGGAUCUUGGGGAGGGGGAGGGUUCACAAAUGGCUCUAAGUUGCAGGCGGGAAUUAAAUAAUGCUGCGGACACAUUAGUUCUGAAAGUUUAUCAGUUUAGCGUGAGCGAAGAUGUCAUCAAGACUGUCGCACCCGCUGCCUCCUUUGCUGCACCUCCUGGAGACUUCUGCAUCACAGUACCACAGUGGAUUACUGCGAAGACCAUCACAACUCGCAACCUCAUUGCCUUCCGAUUACGAAGAUGCUGACAUUCAUGCCUUCACGGCGCCGCCUUCCGCCUCUCAGGUACCCAAUUGCGGUGCCUCUCGCCAUGCUGUCAGCUGCAAGGAGACGCCGGUGUAUCCAGGUUAUCCUGGGGGUACUAGUAGGGUUGGCGGCAAGUAUUUUCGUAACUUCCCGACUACGUAUAGGACUUGUAACUGGCAGCGGUGGUGGUAGUGCAAACGGAACUUGUUUAGACCCGAGUGGGUCGUGGCCCUUGCCUGCAAACCCGGAAUAUAGUUUUCGCGAUAGGGAUGAAGACGAUGCCCUAAGGAUUAUUGGAAUUACAGUUCCAGGUGAAUCUGUGCAUAAUUCAAGGAAAACGCUAAUUUUUGUGGGAGUAAUGACAGCCCAAAAGUACUUAGCUACACGCGCCCGUGCUGUGUAUGAAACAUGGGGACAAGAGAUUCCUGGACGCAUAGCUUUCUUCACGUCUGCUACAUCAGUACCCCCUUCGAACAGACCUGAUCUGCCAAUAGUGCGUCUAAGGGGUGUGGAUGAUUCGUACCCACCACAGAAGAAAUCUUUCCUCAUGCUCCAGUACAUGUGGGAACGCUAUGGGGACCGAUUCGAGUGGUUUAUGCGGGCUGAUGAUGAUGUCUACGUAAGACCCGACAGGUUGGAACGACUCCUACGUUCCGUUGACAGCCGGAAGCCACAGUUCAUUGGGCAAGCCGGACGAGGAAACCAGGAAGAAUUCGGCCUGCUCAGCUUAGAGUACGACGAGAACUUCUGCAUGGGUGGCCCUGGAGUUCUGCUGAGCCGAGAGACUCUGGCCCGUGUCGCUCCACAUGUCAAGACGUGCCUUCGCAACUUGUACACGACACACGAGGACGUCGAGCUCGGACGCUGUGUGCAGAAAUUCGCCGGUAUACCCUGCACCUGGUCUUACGAGAUGCAGACAAUCUUAUAUCACAAUUCAAGUGGACAUGAUGCCUUCACUGGAAAUUUAAAGCAAAAGGAGGUCCAUCGUGCCAUUACACUGCAUCCUGUCAAGCAACAUCAACAUAUGUACCGAGUGCACAACUAUAUGAAAGGUCUGAAGAUCCAAGAGUUGCAGCAACGGGCAUUAGCACUUCACCGUGACAUUGCCAACAUGAUGACGCUACUUGGCCACAGAUCUAAUGCAGCAGAGACAAUGAUGCUAGGCAGUAAUGUGCCUCUCUUCCCUGACAAAAUGGGAAGCCAAAUGUUCCUUGGAGAUACAGCUAUGUUAGGUUUGGAACCUGGUCUAAAUAAAUUUACUCCUCGCUCAGAAGGAGAAGUCCUGACAUGGGAUUUUAUUUCACGCUCCCUCUACUCUGCUGGCAAUACCAAUCCCCGACGUCGUAUUGAAUCUCCACUGAAGGAAGGCCUGGAUGACGUUGUCCGGGAGGUAAUGGAAAUGAUAAAUAUGUACUCUAAGCAACGUGGUCGUGUGAUCGAAUAUCGUGAAAUUUUGUAUGGUUACCACAGACUGAGUCCUCAGUAUGGGGCUGAUUACAUUCUGGACUUGUUACUGGUAUACAAGAAAUAUCGUGGUCGCAAGAUGACUGUUCCUGUCCGCAGACAUGUCUACCUUCAGCAGCAAUUCACAGGGCUUGAAAUUCGUGAAACAGUAGAUGGCGAAGAAGUACAUGUCAAACCACAUGAAGAGGAGGAAAAUGAUUCGGUCCAUGAAGAUCCACUGGAAUCACAUCAUGUGCAGUCAACCUUCAGAGAGGCUUUUGAGAAUGGACUAUUAAAAAUAGGAGUUCUUCCAGGAGCUCUGAGUCCACAUGAAACUAAAAAGGCUUUGAACAAGAUAAGGGACAAAGUCAUCAAUUUCAUACUCCCAUUAUCUGGGAGAAUUGAUGCUUUCCAACGUUUUCUGUCUGUGUAUGAAGAUGUUUGUCUUCAAGAUGAUCAGAAAACUACACUCAUGUUGGUUCUGUAUCCCAGCCUUACAGAACCACUGAGCUUCAGCAAUUCUAUAAAUCUGAUGCAAAGACUUCAAAAGAAGUAUCCACUUUCAGGGAUCUAUAUAGUUCCUGCAUCAGGUUCCUUUGCUAGAGCAGAAGCCCUAGAAUUAGGUGCAGCCAAGUAUGAUGACAAAGUGGAGAACCUCUUGUUCUUAGUUGAUGUUGAUAUGGUGUUCACUUCCAAAACACUCGACAGGAUACGAACAAACACAAUAAAAGGGAAGCAAGCUUACUUCCCUAUAGUGUUUAGUGAAUAUGAUCCAAACUUUUCUCAUGAAGGGGCUACCCCUUUAAGAAACCAUUUCAUACUGGAUCAAAAUAGUGGUUAUUGGCGGCAAUUCGGUUAUGGUAUUGUUAGUGUGUACAAAAGUGAUCUCAAAUCUGUAGGGGGCUUUGAUACAGGGAUCCGUGGCUGGGGUAAAGAGGAUGUUAACUUGUUUGAUAAAUUUGUAUCUGUCGCAGCAAACUUCUCAGUGUUCCGUGCAGCAGAUCCUCAGCUUGUACACGUGUUUCACAUUGUAGACUGUGACCCCAAAUUAGAUGAUGUUCAAUUUUCUAUGUGUAGAGGCUCACGUGCAGACACAUAUGGAAGUGUUCCUAAACUUGCACAAUAUAUAUACAACCACAGGGACCAGAUAUUCAAAUUUGCAAAAUAUAGAAAACAUCAAGAACCACCAUCUUGAUAAUUGCAGUAUCUGUAUAUAGGUACAUUAUAAUGAUAUGCAGUAAAAUACUGCAUAUUUAUGUGUUUUGCUGCAGCUGGUCACUCAGAAAUACAAAGAGUCAUAAUCACUUUGUGCUUGUUCUCAGCCACUGCCAUGAUGAAACCAUCGAGAUUAUAGUGAUACUAAUUUGGCUCUAGUUCCCCCUUAGUAAAAUCUCAGGCUGUUACACCUGUUGUUAUGCUAGUCAAAUCUCAAGUCCAGACAGUGAUUCUGAAUAAUGAGUAUGUAAGGGAUGUGUUACUGAAAAUGUGUCUAUAUUGCAAAAUUCCAUAACACAGAUUCCAUUUUUUCAUUGACUCCCAUAUUAUAAAGGGUGUGUUCCUACAAACAGUUUUACAGUUAACAUUUAUAUAAAAGUAUAUUUUCUUUUUGACCAUCAGAAAUAAUAAUGCAUACAUAAAAAUAAACUUAAGAAAACUUGUAAGAUUUGAGGUUCUUGAACUUGAUGGCCAUUUUCGAGACAUAUUAUAUACAAGUAACUUACUGCACAAUCUGUUAUAACAUGAAAAUAGCAACCACAUAACUGUAGCCAUUCCCCAAUAUCACUGAUACACACAGGCUACCUAAUGACCAACAACAUGUCCUGCCAUGUCUACAACACAUGGCUCAUAUGCAAUGUGAACUUUUCUUAGUAAAUAGUCAUUUUUUAGAAAAGGUUAGUUUUGCCUGAAUAUGUUGUCAUUUUAUAUUUUAUGCUUAAACAAAUAAAUGUUUAUCCCAAAUAA